GGGGAGAACGUGCUAACUCCGUACAGACAGCACCCGUGGUCGGGAUGGAACCCGGGUCUGACGUCACUGUGGAGAAACGAACGACUGAUAUGCAACAGGCGGAGCCCACAAUGGUCCAUUGUUGGCUGUGGGGUUUUGCAUUGAUAUACCGGCCUGGAGUUGUAUAUUCGUAAUGAAUUUCACAAGGAAUCAUUAAAAUGAGUUCGACCACAGAGGACACGGCCAACACAAUGAAGAAUCUUGAGGAAUUCCUUGGAGAUUUGACGAUCCUGGGAUCCCUUCAGGGAUUCCGGUACUUCCAGCCCUGGCUGCGGGGACGAGAGGAGCUGCUGUUAUCGGUCGCGAACGAGGACAUCGGUUGGCAACCUGCCGGUGUCCACCGCAGCCCGGCCAUCUCUCCCGGCGACUGGGAAACUCUCCCGGCGUUCCGAUACUCCCAUUUGGACACCUGCUGUCUCCCCCCGCGCUGCCACUGUCACGGAGGAGAAUCCAAAGUGUAUUUAUUACAAGCCAAACAUGGCCACUGCUAA